UCGAAAUUUUUCAGAACAUUCAUGUGCCAUAUUUAAUAUUUCAACCGUACUGGCACUUCUAUUAGCAUUCGACAGGAACUCCUAUUUUUUUUUGAUUUCUCAAAUCUUUGGAACCGAGAUUUCUUGUUAUAUUGACAAAAAAUCAACCAGAGUCCACUUCGGAUAACGGGCUAAGCCGCCCUCGUAAUCGUUGGUCAAGUGGUCGGUACAAAUAUCCCACAUUCUUCCCCACUUGAACAGUCGCUCGAGAAUUGGACGGUGCACGACGAGCCCCGCAAGCAUACUCGAGAAUACUUUUUUUUUCUUCUCUGAGAUUUGAGCUAUUCAAUGUAUAUUACUUGAGUAACCUCGAUGGGAAAAAUUUCGGAAAAUAUUUGGACUUUUAUACACGACGUUGAGUAUGACAGAACUUGAUCUUGUUGUUCACAGUCGAAUAGAAUAAAAAUUCAACAUUGGAGGAGUACUUGAUAAAUAUAUUUUCGAAAAAAUUUUCUUGGCAUAUACAAAUAUUAUCUUUGAAAAAUUGGUAUCGACGGAAAUUGGUUGAGCUGAUACUUCGAAAUUGCUUAUUUCGAUCGAAUUUCUGCAUAAAGUGUUUUCGAAAAUCGGAACGCAAUCCCACUGGAAUAACUCUGAUGCCAUGUUGUUAUCGUCGAAUGAACGUAAGCAAGUGAAAAGUGAUCAUAUCUUUCCGAUCAGUUUGAAUAAAUCGCGGUGCUGGACGCGUCGUACAAGCGACGAAUUUACGAGUGAGAAAUCAUCGACUGUCACAGGUGCAAUGAUGGCAAAAACUUUAAGAAUAAUAACGUCGUUACUCGUUCUGUCGAUCUUCGGUGUUCAUGCUGUUGCGACAACACCGACGACGCGCGAAUUGCUCGCCUGUCGUGCCAAUCUUACCGCAGACAUAAAAAACGAAACGAUUUUUCUCGACAAGAUACAUCAGGCUGAUUACAUAUUUACCGGUAAAAUAAAAGAAUUGCGGAGAGGACAUUCGGCUCGAGUGAGGGUGAAAAGAGCUAUAAAAGGAUUUCUCAAUACGACCCUCGAACUCGUGCUCAACGAUACAUGCGCGUCUUACGUUCGACGAAGUUAUACUGGAAUAUUCAUGGCCCGCAGAGAUUCGGGUUUUGGUGAUCUACGUCAUGUUGGAAAAAUUGUGAUGAAUUUUGGACCUAUACCAUUGACUUUGGCAAAUUUGGAUCGACUCAAUGCAGCAGUUAGAGAAGAUCGAUUCCAAUAAGGAGUAUGACAGUCACGCGCUAAACACACAGAGUGGGGAUAACGAUGAGAAUUGCGAGCAAGACUCAGUAGAUGGUUCGUCUCAAAUCAAAGAAGGCCUCGAAGAGAAUUCAAAUGACAUCAUUAUAGACGAUGAAAUAACCUUUUGGGAAAUUACCCAAAUGCGACGAAAGACGAAGGAAUCAAACUUCAUCCAGAGAUUAAAAAUCGCUGGCAGACUUGGAUGAAGGAGGGGUUGUCCGAGGACGAUGUCAAAAGCCUGACGAAAAAAUACUUCGCAAAGGCGACUUAUAUGCCGAACCUCCUAAACUAAUCUUAGAAAUCGGAGCUGUAAUGACAGAAAUUGCCAAGAAAAGAGACAAACACUUUGUUCAAACCCAAGAAUGUGUGGGUACAGCCAUAGUAUCACUUGGCGCAGCUAUAACGUUGAUAGUCGACUGUUCCGUUGAAGAGGUCGACCAGAUGAAACUCAUCGAGCUUCUUUCCGAUAGUGGAAAUCUAUUGAAUGAAAUUUUUCAUCAGCAGUCUGUAGGAAGAAAGUCGUUCAUUACUCCAAUAAUGAAAAAAAGCGUGAAGUCAGUAGUGGAGGCAAAUCAUUCUGACGAAUGGCUUUAUGGGCAUAACUUAGCGGAACAGAUUAAGGAGGUUAAGACGAUCGAAACCGUAUGCCAGAAUAUCAAGGUUCCAGAGAACAAAUCUUCCUAUCGAACUCAAAAUCAGAAAAACUGGAAGGGCCCAAAAAUCGCUCCAUGACGAAGGAAUCGUUAAAGAAAUAAGAGAGGUAAGAAACAUAGCAGGAAGGCUGAGCGUUUUUAUCGACUAAUGGCAAAAAAUAACGAACGACUGAAUUAUAAUAACUUGCGUAAAAAGAUAUAAAAUUCCGUUUGAAGAGACUCCAGUACAAUUUCGGCCUUCUGAACAACGAAUAUGGAAACCUGAAGAACCAGAGUUAUUAGAAAUUGAAAUCCAAAAAUUCCUAGAGAAAAAUGCGAUUGAAAGAUGUGAGGAAUGCGUCGGUCAGUUUCUAUCCCCCAUUUUUCUGGUACCAAAACCUGACGGUUCAAAUCGCUUCAUACUACUAAACUUACAAAAGUUGAACAGGUUUAUUAAAGCUCUUCAUUUUAAAAUGGAGGAUGUUAGGUCAAUAAAAAACUUAAUCACGCCAAAUGUAUUUAUGGCAUUGCUUGACCUUAGAGACGCAUACUUUUUGGUACAUGUACACAAAAAAUAUCAUAAAUAUCUACGAUUCCUUUUUAACGGAAAAAUGUAUUAAUUAAAAUGUCUAUCAUUUGGCUUAUCGACAAGUCCAUACGUUUUCACUAAAAUCAUGAAACCAGUUAUAAAUGUGAUAAGAAGUCAAGGUUUUUAUUGGAAUAUGAGCAAAAAUAAUCCAUCAGCAUAGUAAUAAAACUUGAUAUUAAACAAUACACAUGAGAGCGUGCUCG